AUGGGUCUAUGGGUCUCCCCGCGCCCCCCAGCCGCCCCCUUUCUCCCCACAGACGCCCCACAGCUGGAGGUGCCCCCGGAGGUGGUGGCGGGGUCGGAGGUGGAGCUGCUGUGCCGGGUCCCCGAUAACUGCCCCCCCCUGCGGCCCCUCCUCAGCUGGACGGGGACGGAGGAGCUGUGGGGGGCCGUGGGGCGCGAGCGGCGCGAGGAGACUUUGGGGUCGCGGGCCGUCCUGGCCCUGCUGCGCUUCCGGCCCCGCAGGGAGGAUCUGGGGCGGCGCGUGGGCUGCGCCGUCAGCUUCAGCAACAGCAGCCUCAGCUUCCAGGCCGACGUGGGGCUCGACGUGCAGUACGAGCCGCAGGUCGUGGGGCUGUGGGGCCCCACGGAGGUGGUCGAGGGCUCCCGGGUGGAGCUGGGCUGCGAGGCCGAAGGCCGCCCCACGCCGCUGCUGUCGUGGUUCCGUGGGUCCGAGGUUCUGAGGGAGGAGCCGGCCGGAGCCCUGCGGCUGCUGCUGCCCCACGUCGGCCCCGAGGACGGAGGGACCUUCAGCUGCGUGGCUGAGAACCGGCAUGGGAGGCACAACCGCAGCAUGGAGCUACGGGUGGCCUAUGCCCCCCGGGCCCCGGUGAUCAACGGGACGCUGUGGGUGGUGGCGGGGGACGCGGUGACGGUGACGUGUGGGGCCGACAGCGAGCCGGCGCCCAUCCUGACGGUGCUGCGCGGGAGGAGGGUGAUGGCGGCUGCCGUCUACGAGGCCACGGUGAGCAUGGAGCUGGCGGCCGCCAGGCCGGAGGACGCCGGCGAGUAUCUGUGCGUGGCCGAGAACCAGCAUGGCGCCAGCAGCACCGCCUUCAACCUCAGCGUCGAGUACCCCCCCCACGUCCUCCCGGAGUCCCGCUGCACCACGGGGGGCGACGGCGUGCGCUGCGUCUGCACGGUCAGCGCCGUCCCGGAGCCGUCGGUGGCCUUCGAGCUGCCGUCCCGCAACCUGACCGUCACCGAGGGGCACCGCGACUUCGCCGCUGCGCCGGGGGGCCCCGAGGGGUCCCUCACCGGGAUCCUGACCCUGCGCGGAGCCCUGGAGCCCCGCCUGGCCGUGCUCUGCGCCGCCCGCAACGCCCACGGCACCACAGCCAGGCAGCUGCGCUUCCACCACCCCG